GCCGUUUCAGAUCCCCCUCGCGGAGAAGAGUAAGCAAAUGGGUACCGAUGACUCCCAGGAUUGUCCAGUACGCAGAGAUGAUCUAGAGACAGUGUCAGAACACGCCUCCCGGUCGCAGAUGAUGAUGCUCACGUCGAGCAAAGGCAGAAUACUAUUGAAGAACGCGCAGAAGGCUAGCGUGACGGCUGUAACAGCGAGGAAGAUAACAUCUCGACGCUCUCGGUUUGGCUUCCCAAUCCGCUCCGCAAUCCACACAUGCGCGUGUGGGCGUGCGAGAAGGACGAAGCCUAAACGCACAAACGUCACCGAAAGACCAGCCGUCCAAACGCCCACUAGCGUCAGCCAUCCGUUGAACCACGAGAGCAGCAACCUCCGCCUCGACGACGCAAGCCGGAAAC